GACGGCGUACUCGGAUUCCUUGAAGUUCUGAGUGUCUGGAUUUUGAGGUAUAAAGGGGACGGCCUUUCCCAAGUGAUCAUAUCUUUAAUCUUCUCUACAUCGCUCUACACCUUCUCAUUCCUCAGAAUUAGACUCCAAGACGAAGCAAUUACUUUUUGUUCUCUUUCAACAUGAAGUUUCAACUUUUAACAAGCCUUGCGCUUGCAACCGUAGUUGCUGCAAAUGGAUUCACUUUUGAAAGGCUAGACAAGAACAACGCUGUCCUCCUCGUUGUAGACCACCAGACCGGCCUCAAAGCAGUCGUGAGAGACUACGGCACUGUCGAGUUCAGAAACUCCGUCCUCGGCCACGCAGCUCUAGGGAACCUCUUUAACCUCCCAACCAUCCUCACAACGUCUGCCGAUACUGGCCCAAAUGGCCAGCUACCAAAAGAAAUCGUCGCCCUCCACCCAAACGCCACCUUCAUCCACCGCCAGGGUGAAGUUGACGCCUGGGACAAUGCCGAUUUCCGCGCCGCCGUGAAGGCUACGGGCAAAAAGCACGUCAUCCUCGCCGGUAUCGUCACUGAAGUUUGUACUUCUUUCCUCGCCCUUUCUCUUCGCCAGGAGGGUUACUCUGUGUGGGCCAAUACGGAUGCGAGUGGGACGUUCAAUGAAAAACUCGCUGCGGACGCAAAUCGUAGGAUGGAGCAGGCGGGUGUACAUCUCGGAGGGUUGUUUGCCAUCACAAUGGACUUGAUGAGAGACUGGCGUAGCACCCCUGGCUCUGCUGAGGUCCUGCCAUUCCUGGACGUGUAUCUACCAGAUUACUCUCUUGUUGCAAGGGCUCAUGGGGAUGCUGUUCUAAACGGAACUGUGAUUCCGGGCGAAGCGGAGAUUCUGGACAUUGUGUAGAUAUUUAAGAUCAAUGAGCAUGGUUAGCCGUGUUGUUUAAAUUCAACUUAAAGACAAGGGGCGAUGGGGUAAGAUGAUAGUGUUCACUUCGAGGUUUUAAGAUCUUUAACCAAUUUAUACUUUACACUUCUUUCAUAACGUUCUGAAAAACCCAAUAAAUUCUUUUAUGGCUUUG